AUGGCAGGGGCUGCACGGGCGAGCGUAGGGGAAGAGGUGGCGGCGGCCUCAGGCGGUGGGACAGAGGCGAGGCGGGGCGGGGCGGACGGGGAGUGGGCGUGGCCAAGCCAGACGGCCAGGGCGCGGCCCCGACGCGCUGGUCGCGGCGGUGGCUGGGACCAGCAGGGGCCGAGCGGGGCAUGUGCGGGAGGGGUCCGGAGUGGCCAGAGUAGCGUGGUGCGCGCGCGCCCGCGAGCAAUGCGCGGCGAGGGAGAGGCGAGCGAGAGGGGGCGGCCGGGGAGCAGCGCAGCAGAGGGGGAAGGUGAGGCGAUGCAGCAACAGGCCGGCGGCGAGGCGCGGUGCGGGCGAGCGGAGGCGCGCACGCGGUCAGCGAGGCGCGGCAAGCGGCGAGGCAAAGGCGAGCGAGGGAGGGAGCGCCGGGGUAGCGGUGCAGGGGGCUGGCCGGAGCGGGCGCAACAGAGGAUAGCGGGGUCACGCGAGGGGUCGGGCUGCAGGCUGCGGCGGCGUGGCGCGUGGCUGGAGCAGCAGGGGCACGGCCUCGGGCGUGGCGAAGGUGGACCAAGGCCACAGCCAGGCGGGCCGACAGCAUCAGUGGCAGGAAAAGCAACAACACAAAGCAACAGUGGAAGUAGCGCGCAGGGGGAGGCCACGGGUACGGCGAGCAAGGCGGGGAGGGAAAGAGAGGCCGGGGUUGGCCUCACCAUGGGUUGUCUAUCUCCAUAUGGUGUCUAUCUGUGCGAACGGAAGCACAAACCUCAAUUUUGGUGGAACCUGCUGUUAGCUGACCUCACAGUACUCCAGUGUGGAACGAGCCUGUCAUGUGUGGAGGAGCUAAUUAACAAGCACUGCUACCACGCCGUCAACGCAAGAUAA